AUGGCACAGUUCGGAUGGGGGUUCAAUCCUAUCGUAUACCCAGCUUGGGGUAUCUAUGAGGCAAAGGAGCUGCUGAAAGGAGACGAGAAUACCAGAAGCCAAGAUCACAAUCAGAUACUUACUCCAAGCAUGCCAAGACUACGAUUGACCGAGGAAACUGUCUGCAGCUCCUGUCUAGAAUGCGACCGAGAGCAAGAGAAAUUCUGGGGUUUUGACGGCGCAGUAGAAGCGCUCAUUCACCGUACAGACUGA